AUGUCUCGGCAGCUCAACAUGGACACGCUGCGGCAGAACUUCUGGAAGGAGGACUAUUUAAGGGAGAAGAUGUUGCGCUGUGAAUGGCACCGCAAGUACGGGUCGCUGGUGAAAGCCAAGCAGAAGGCUAAGGCCGCAGCCCGACUGCCCCUCAAACUGCCCACCCUGCACCCCACGGCCCCACUCGCACCCCCUCCUGCCGCCGGAGCACUCCCUCCCAAGGCGCCCAGCCCUGCCGCAGAGGCUCCUCUGCAGUCAGAGAUGUACCCGGUGCUGCCCGCCACCCGGGCCCUGCUGUACGAAGGCAUCUCCCAUGACUUCCAGGGCCGCUACCGCUACCUGAGCACGCGCAAGCUGGACUUGCCCGAAACUCGCUACCUCUUCCCCAUCACCACCAACUUCACGUAUGGCUGGCAGCUCGGCCCCCCAGUGAAGCAAGAACUGGUCUCCUGCAAGAUGUGCCGCAUCGAGUCGUUCUUCCGCAAGAACGGGGCCUUUGCGCUGCUUGACCCCCGGGACCUGGCCCUCUGACCCUGGGCCAGGCCCUGGGCUUAGG